AUGUGCGGCAUCCAAUCACCUCGCCCCUCACAACCCCUAGGCGGCGCCCUCGCCGUCCUCAACGCGCCAACUUGUUCGUCACCAUCAUCACGUCUACGAGCCCUGUCAGGCCACAUGGUCUUUCACGGGUUGCCAGCCACCUCGUCAUCUUCUUCUUCCUCCUCCUCACUAUCAACGCCGUCAAACAUGGCAACACAUAUUACCUAUACGCCGUCUUUGCUCAAAGAAGAAGACUACGAUGAUGCCACAGAGAAACACCCCCUCGACGGCUGCGUCAUUGGUAUCCACAGCACGGGCGACCUGAGGACGACGAGGAGGAGCACAACCCCAGAGUCCGAGUCCGAGGACGAGCAAGAUGAGGAUCAGUACGAGCAGAUGCUGCUCCUUCACCGGCUGGACCUUUCCGCGGCGUGUCCGUCCUUGGUCCGGACCGCCCGCUCCACCGAGCUCCGCCUCGAGGGGCCGCUCGAAAUUGGCGUCGGCGGCGUGGGCAUCAUUGGUCGCAAGGUUUCCGUGUGGAGGGAUUCCGGAAACGGUCGAGGCGUGAGGAUUGCCGAGGGAAUCGUUGGAUUCAACUAA